AUCGGGGGUCCCGUCCAGUCAGAGAAGACCCUGGUCAGAGAAGCUCGAGCUGGUUCUCUUCGUCCGCCAACCGUUACCGCAGUUCAGUGUGCCACUUCAUACAAGCAGCAGCGAUGAGCAGCAGAAGCAGAAGGUCCUGUACCAAAAUUCGCUCCUGUUCAGGACGUAAAGGCCUCGAUGGGCGAUUCUCCAGAGGGACUCUACAAAAGUCUGGAUGGACAAAAGAUGAGGAUGAGAAGCUACACAGACUGGUGAAGGAGUUUGGAUCCAACAGCUGGGCUUCAGUUUCCCUUCAUUUCAAAGGUCAGAGGUCCAAUGUGGACUGCCAGCGGAGGUGGCAGCACAUUAAGAACCCGGAGCUGGUCAAAGGUCCCUGGACUCAGGAGGAGGAUAACAGGUUGAUCGAACUGGUCCAUAAGUAUGGCAUGAAGCGCUGGUCCCUCAUCGCCAAACACCUGCGUAGUCGAAACGGGAAGCAGUGCCGCGAGCGCUGGCACAAUCACCUAAACCCAACAGUGAAGAAGAGCAGCUGGACACUGGAGGAGGACUGCACCAUCUGUCAGGCCCACAGGCUGAUGGGAAACCGCUGGGCUGACAUCGCCAAACUGCUGCCUGGCAGGACUGACAACUCCAUCAAAAACCACUGGAACUCCACUCUGAAGAGGAAGGUGGAGAAGGAGGGGUACCUUCAGGUCCUACACCUCCACAACUCCUCCUCCACCUCUGCCACCUUUAACUCCUCCAACUCCUCCUCUAACUCCUCCCUGUCAACCAGACCUACAUCCAGGACCCGUGGCCCCCGCAGCACAGCCAACAUCUCCACCAAGCAGGCAGACAGUCUUUCCACUGUAAAGGACAGGUCCAGCUGCACCUCCAGUGAACAGAGCAUGUGCGGACACCAUUGUCGCCACACCCACUUGUGCUCCAUCUGUGUCCCCACCUCCUCCUCAGUUUACGACUCAUCACUGAGCAUGUGUGAGCUGACAGCACCCAUGGAGCUGAUGGAGGCGAACCCAGAGACCAGUAGCUGUGGCCUGAAGGAAGUGACCUCAUCGUUCUCCACCGGCGUGUACAGAGAGGACGCCAACCCUUCAGUCAUUGACCUCAGCAGGAGCUACGUGACUGGAGUGAAGGAGCAGCUGCUGACCAGUGACAACGGAGCCACCUUCAUGGACUCGAGCUCCUCGUGGAGCUGGACCAGCCCGCUGGGGGAGCCAACCUUUUCUCCCUCUGAGUUCCUCAGUCUGUGCUGUGUCAAGGAUCUGAAGAUGCACUGUCCAGCUCUCACCUCCACCCCCGUCUGCUCCCUGAAAUAUACCAGCAGCACCAACCAGGGCGGGUCCUGUGUGCAAUGCAGCAACAAGACCACAACCCAGACGCCCACAGAGAUCCAAGAGAAGAUCAAAGCAUUGUUGACAUCAGCCCCUCGAACACCAACUCCUCUGAAGUUAAACAGCGACAGUCCGAACCAGGUCUCAGUCAGUUUGAGCAGGAUGAUGUCCCUGACGGGGGAGCAGAAGAGUGCUGACCCUGACAGUCAGCAGUCCGGCAACAGCCCUGAGGUCCAGGGGGAGAAUCUGCUGAGCUCCAUCCUACAGGUCCAGUCACAGUCCAGCUCUGCUUCACAGUACCACACAGAGUCCAGCUCAGUCACGGGCUAUGAGGAGUUUGGCUGUUUUCCCUUAGAUGGACAGGUGGACAUGUGGUGGCACCCCACCAGGUACCUGUACUCUCCACAGAGUUCUGCUUACAGUGUGAACCCCUUCGAGGUUAGAACCUGCAGCCUGAGACCUGAACCUGGAGGGUCCAUAGACCCGAUGUAUGUGUAUCCAGCCUCUCUGUGAUGCGCCUCAGGUUUGUGUUCCAUGACUGCAGAGAGACUUUGUUCAGCGAAGGCACAGGCAGAGUUUGAACCAGGCUUCACAUCUGUGAUGGGACACCAGGCUGGAAAAACCAAGCACAAUGAACAGCAAUGAACCUGAAGAGCUCCUGGAAACAUUUUCACAUUUGUGUGUGUGUUGUGUUGACAGCUGAGCAGUGAGUUACAGGUGGUGAUGUUUGGCAGAACAGAUAAUCAGAAGAGUCUAAUUGAGCAGGCGCAAGUCUACAUGCAGCCCUGACCAUCUCCAUCAUCUUCUUCAGGACUGACCACGGCACAGUGCUCAGAUGUGCCUGCUCGUACCAGCAGCAGCCAAGCAUUUUACAUCAGACCAUUACGGACGAAUCCACUGGUUUUCUUGUAUUUUACUGUUGAGUGUAUGAAUCAUGAGUCUUGUUUUCAAGUUCACUGCAGCAUCCCCAUCAGUUCAGCUUCACCACAGGUGGAAAAUAAACUGAUUUUUAUUUAUUGAUUGAUUUAGCAGUUAACAAAGCAUCCACACACAUUGGAAUCGGUUUUAUACUGGAUUUUAGCAGAAAACAUGAAAAAUGUCUGUAUUUUUAUGAAGUUUUUACUGAAGGUGUGUGUCAGAGUUACCUUGUACACUUCAUAUUUUUAAAUGAAUGCCGUUUGUUUCAACAAACGCAUAUUUUAUUUAUUGUAAUCGGGCUGCGAAUAUGUUUUGGUCCUGACGCAGACCUUCGUUGAACCUGAACUUUGGCACUUUGGACUGAAACUGAACUCUGGCUUUGACAUUUGUAAUGUCAUUUUAAACAGGAAGUGAAGCUCAGAAAAACUAAUCUGUUGAAUGUAUGCCGUCUGCUGCUGUCACAUCGUGACACUGAAAAGCGAGUUUGUUUUAUAAUGCUUGAAUGAACCCUGCAGUGUGAACUACAGUCCACAUGAAUUUAUUUAUUUAACUGGAUUGAGUGAAACCUGUGAAUCUGCAUAAAAAUCCGACUGUUCCACUGUUAAUUUCCUAAACUGGUGGAAUAUCUUACUGUCUGGAUGUCGUGCCCUGAUUUCUGUUCACAAAUGUGAAACAAUAAAUGUCAGUGACUGA